AUGUACCAUCAUUCUCAAAACCGAGAGCUACUCAAGGACUUGCACAAACUGAUCAAUGACAUGAGAAAGGGUUCUAUUCAAUUGUUGGAAUACCAGGCAAAGCAAAAGCUCAAGGAUCUUCUACUUAACCCUGGAGAUGCAGUUGACCACAUAGAUCACCCGGUCGACUCUUUUUGCCUUCAGGGCACGCGACAGAACGUUCUUCGAGAUAUUUAUGAUUGGGCUGAAGAUACCAAAAGCCCAACUAUAUGUUGGCUCCCAGGAUUAGCCGGCACUGGAAAGAGCACUGUAUCUCGUACGGUUGCUCGUGAUUUGAGAGAUCGUUGCCUUGGAGGCUGCUUCUUCUUCAAGAAAGGUGCCGGUAACCGAGCAGGUGGUCGAACAAUAUUUUCCAUCAUUGCAUACCAACUUGCUUUGAACUUCCCACCAGUGCGGCAAUAUAUCAUCGAUGCAGUCCAGGAAGAUCCAUCAUCAGUAAUGCGUUCUAUGAACGAGCAAUGGAGGAUACUGAUUCGGGAGCCGCUCAACAAAGUACAGGAUAAAAAGUUCAUAACUGUGGUUCUUGUUGUCGAUGCACUUGAUGAGUGCGAUGCAGACGAUCGACGGAACAUGAUGGCACUUUUAACCGAGUGCCCUGAUGUUCUUAAGGUUUUCAUCACAAGCCGACCAGAGUUUGACAUUGAAGCACAUUUUGCUCGUCAUCAACAAUUGCACCGAGAGAUAGCUCUUCAUCGCGUCAAAAUGGCAGGUAGUCCGGAUUCAAGGCUGGAUUCCAUUAUUGAUGAUUCUCACCCAGUCAGAUCCGCUUACGAUGCAACGUACAUGCCAGUAUUGGAUCCCAUAUUGAACGGUACGCCAGCCGAGGCACAGGGCAAAGCUUAUGAUAGUUUCACUCAAAUCAUCGGUUCACUCAUUCUUUUAGCCAAUCCUCUUUCUAUGGCAUCUCUUGCUGUCUUGCUUGGUGUUGAAGAACAUGAUGUAGCUGGUACGGUCGAUCCACUGCGCUCAGUUCUCGACGUACCGCGGGAUGACGGCCCAAUCAAGCUAUUCCAUCUUUCGUUUAGGGAUUUCCUUCUCAGCAAGUCAGCAGGAGAUCUAAAAGUGGACGAGAACUCUACUCAUGCCAAGUUGGCAAGUAGAUGCUUGAGACACCUCGAAGGAGAACUGAGAACUGACAUUUGUGACCUUAAAUCUCCGGGCAGAAGUCGUUUCGACAUUGACCAAGAUACAAUCAACCAGAAGAUCCCUCAGGAAACCCAAUAUGCUUGCCGGUAUUGGGUUCAUCAUGUCAUCGGUUCGGGAAAGCAGUUGCAAGACAAUGAUGAGGAGCACCAAUUUUUGAAAAGGUUUUUCCUGAACUGGAUAGAGGUUUUGUGCUUGACAGGGCUAUUCUUUGAAUCUCCGAAAAUGCUGCAAGAACUGCUGAAGAUUGUUGACAAGACGUCAGGAAGCGAGAUCUUCAAGUUUGUCCAGGACGCGAUACGUUUUAUCCAUUUUUUCCGAGAUGGAAUUGAGAAAACUCCUCUUCAGCUUUACCACUCAGGAAUAUUAUUUUCUCCCAGUUUAAGCAUCGUUCCUCAACCCUUCGAAGACCGUCGUUGUCCAGAAUCAGUCAUGAGACUACCCGCUGUUGAUUCAGACUGGCCUCAGAACGUGCAAACGUUUGAGUUAGGGAGAAAAGCUAGUAGUAUACAGCUAGCCUUCUUAUCCAACAACAUUAUAACUACAUGGGGCUUUACAGCUGACGUUAAAAUAUGGGAUAUAUCUUCUGGCAGCUGCCUCAAAACACUAAAAGAUUGGAAAGAUAUCAGAAGCAGUGACAGGCCAUCGACAAUACUUGUUAUAGGAUGGUCGAUUUCCCGUGUCGCUUUCUCAAAUGAUGGAAUGAGCCUUUGCUCUAUCUCGAACGUUGCUACCGACUUAGAAAGCGAGCCUGUAUUCUUCAUCCACGAUCUUGACUCAGGGGAAUGCACAAGUCAGGUUCCAAUACGGAACGGCUAUGAUGAAAUUUUUCUCUCAACGAAGGAUUGGUUGGCCGUCUCCUCUAGUGGGCAUCAAACAGUGAUCUUCGACCUGAAAACGGGAACGAUUUCUCACGAAAUGGACAAGCUUACUACUGGCAGUCUCGCGAUCUCAUCUGAUGCAAAGUUACUCGCAACGGCUUCGGAAGACAAUAUUGUUAGAGUUUGGAACCUCUCUCCUCAGCAAUCGACUCGUGUGGGCAUGUUCCACCCUCGUGACGUUGAAUUCCUCACUAUAACACCAGACGGGAGCACAGUCGUCUCAGCUUGCAGAAAUCAGGUCAAGACUUGGGAUGUUUCAAGUGGUAUAUGCAUAGAAACCUUGGGCGAGUCAGACCCUAUGAGGUUCCGCACCGCGACUGAAGAUGGGUCGUAUUGCGUCAUGUCAUCAGGUCGCAACGUUGAGGUCUGGAGUCGUAAUCCAUGGCGACUAUUCAAAUCCCUACGAAGGGAAGAAGAACCACCCCACCCUAACUCCGGGCCGUGGGCAAUCUCUGAAAACGGUGAGCUACUUGCUCUACCAUUAUUUCAUAACGGGAUGCGAAAGACAGAGAUCUGGGACGUAUAUCGUGGCUUACUUCGGCAAGCCUUGGAUUUCUCGCCGCCGAGCGAUUCAAAGGCUGUGUUGUCGCCCGACGGGUCACUAAUUGCGUACACGAACGAGACGUCCAUCGAGAUUCGUCAGAUUUCGGAGUCAUGCAAAUUUCUCACACGCAUUAAGGAUGUUCACCCGUUUAACUUGACAUCAUUAUCAUUUCAUGGCCACAAACUGGUAGGCAUCUUGAUAACGGGAGAAAUAAUGUCUUGGGACACAAAGACAGGAAACCUCAUCAAUUCAUGUCAAACGGGGAUAUGGUGUUUGGGCAAAUCUUUCAUCAAUUAUGAGGUACUCCUUGGCCACGUUGGCCCCAAUGUCCACUUGAGACAAGACGUUUUGAAAGAAUUACAAGUUUCUAAUGACAAUAUCUGGAUAACUAGAGAUGAUGAGAGGGUUCUUUGGCUACCGCCAGAUUAUAGACCGUAUGAUUACCGCCAUUCAGGACUCAGUGCCUAUGCUUCGGGUUCUACGAUUGUUAUUGGAACUCAGUCGGGGCGAGUCUUGAUCUUGUGUAUGGCAGAUUGA